GGAGGUGUGGCAUUGAAAGCCAUGGCUCCUCCCGCAUUGGAUCUCGAAGCACGGCUAUUCCUCGUCUCUCCUUCUAGUACUACUCCGUGUAACCUCAUCAGGAAACAACAGAUCCGUCCGUACUGGAAAUACUGAAGUAACAUUAAACCACAAGCAUUUAGACUUAUAUUCUGGAUACAUAUCAUUGUUUAACGCACCACUGGGUCUUUUGAAGAUGUACUGCUCUAUCUAAGGCUGGCACCUCUUAUUUCCGAAUCACAAUUCCGGUUUUAUUGUGUUGCCUUUCCUAGUAAUAGUACAAGUAAGUAGGAAUUUAAGCGACUCAAGGUGACUGACCUCAGCGAGGGUCUCUGUGCUGAACAGACUUCGCAAAGGAAACCGAUCUGGGAAUUCAAAGGAUUAAGAUAUUCUGCAUCAAAACCACUUCAAAUCCGGAUCAUACAGAAGGGCUCUCCUCAUGCUCUGCGGAUCUGAAGGGAUUGAAGGAGCAUGGUAAAGCACCAGCCCUUGCAGGUCUAUGAGCGGCAGCUCUGCUUAUCGUGCCUCACAGGAAUCUAUGGUUGCCGUUGGAAACGGUACCAGCGGUCACAUGAUGACACGACAAAGUGGGAGCGCUUGUGGUUCCUGGUUCUCUGUUCCACCUUUUUCCUGAUCCUUUUCUGGUUGUAUUUCUGGUGGGAGGUCCACAAUGACUACAAUGAGUUUAACUGGUUUUUAUAUAACAGGACAGGCUAUUGGAGUGACUGGUCAAUUCCAAUACUCGUCACGACCGCGGCUGGCUUUUCCUACGUUGCUUUUUUACUGAUUCUAGCACUGUGUCACACCGCGGUGGGACAGCAGAUGAACCUGCACUGGCUGCACAAGUUUGCAGUGACAGUAGUCCUGGUAGUUACUGUGAUAUCAAUGAUCUCUAUGGAGCAGCUCUGGGGAGAGGAAUGGGACAUUCUGCUUCUCUCAUUCCAGGCUACAGGUCCAUUCUUGCACUUAGGAGCUGUAGCAGCCAUUACCUUGCUGGCCUGGCUUGUAGCUGGGCAGUUUGCACGAGCAGAAAAAAGCUGUUUCCAGGCUGUUUUACUCCUCACAUAUCUGACAGUUUUAACAGCACUUUACCUGGUCCCUCUGUCGAUCACCUCACCAUGUUUAAUGGAGAAGAACAACCUGGGACCAAAGCCAGCCAUCAUCGGCCAUCAGGGAGCCCCAAUGCUGGCUCCAGAAAACACUCUGAUGUCAUUCCAAGAGGCUAUAGAACAGAAGGCCAGUGGGCUUUACGCUGACGUCAAAAUCAGCCACGAUGGAGUCCCCUUCCUAAUGCAUGACAACACUCUGCGCAGGACGACGGACGUGGAGAAGCUGUUUCCAGAGAGAGUGGGUCAGGACUCCUCCAUGUUCAACUGGACUGAUCUGCAGGCACUCAACGCAGGGCAGUGGUUCCUCAAGGAUGACCCGUUCUGGACCGCAUCGUCGCUCUCGGAGGCGGAUUGGGCCCUUGCUGGAAACCAGUCUGUUUGCACCCUGAGUGAAGUACUGCAGCUGGCAAAGAAUAGCAGCAAAUCCAUCCUGUUCAAUGUGAGGAGGCCUCCCCUGGAGCACCCGCACCGAGAGAGCUGGAUCAACGUGACCCUGCACACAGUGCUGCAGUCUGGAAUCCAGCAGCAACACGUCAUGUGGACUCCUGACACAGACAGGCAGCUGGUGAGGCAGGUGGCUCCGGGGUUCCAGCAGACCUCCGCUGUCAAAAAGAGUGUGAAGAUACUUCAGGAGGAAGGCAUAGUCAGACUGAAUCUGAGGUACAACCAAGUCAGCACCCAGGAAAUCAGGGACUCCAGAGAAGGGAACGUGAGCCUCACCCUGUUCACAGUGAGCGAGCCGUGGCUGUACUCUGUGCUGUGGUGCAGUGGAGUUCAGUCUGUCACCUCCGACGCGCCACACAUCCUCAGGAAGCUGCCUUAUCCCAUCUGGCUCAUGCCUCCAGAGGAAUACAAGCUGCUCUGGAUCGCAGCGGAUGUCAUUUCUUUUAUUGUAAUAAUAGGAGUUUUUGUGCUGCAGAACUAUCACAUGAUCAGAUGGCGUCUGGGAAGCAUAAGGAGCUACAAUCCCGAGCAGAUCAUGCUGAGCGCUGCGGUGCGCAGGUCCAGCCGAGAUGUGAACAUCAUGAAGGAGAAGCUCAUCUUUUCAGAAAUGAAUAACGGUCUUGGCAGUGCAGAGGAGCUGUCCCUGUGCUCUGAGAACGGGUAUGAGGGCUACACUAACGAAGCAAUCACUCCCAGAGACCAGCAGCACCAUGCCAGGAUGCAACCCAACUACGCACAGAAAACACCUUGCAUCCUGCAGGAUCACUAACCAAUGGGAUUGUGUUUCUUUCCACUCAACUACUGCCUCUUCUGACACGUUAUUGCUGAUUUGUUGAAGAUGUGUUUUGUAACAGGACAGUCAGACAGUAUCCUUGUAGUUUGGGUUUGUAGAACCUGCAGUGAUCGGGGGAAAAACAGGCUGAGAAAAGAUGUGCUGGCAGCAUCGAAACACAAACUGUGAGGGUCUGUUUGUUGCUGUUUUCAAGUCCUUGGCAAAUGAGUGACUUGAUGUAAAAAGUUUUGAUGUGGUUUGACAAUAAAGAUACAGUUUAUUCAGAAGAUAUAUAAUAUACCGUAGUAGCCAAGUAACCUUUUAGACCCUGUCCACACUACAUACCCGACCUGGAGAACAGCACUCUAAACCGUUCUCAAUAAUCCAGCUCAAAGCCUCCACACUGAAGAACUGUUUCAUGUUUAGACCCUGUCCACACUACAUACCCAAUCUGGAUAACGGCAUUCCAAACCGUUCUCAUUAAUCCAGCUCAAAGCCUCCACACUGAAGAACUGUUUCAUGUUUAGACCCUGUCCACACUACAUACCCAAUCUGGAUAACGGCAUUCCAAACCGUUCUCAUUAAUCCAGCUCAAAGCCUCCACACUGAAGAACUGUUUCAUGUUUAGACCCUGUCCACACUACAUACCCGACCUGGAGAAAGGCACUCCAAACCGUUCUCAUUAAUCCAGCUCAAAGCCUCCACACUGAAGAACCGUUUCAUGUUUAGACGGGCGUAAUGCCCGCACACACUAUUACAAUAGUAUGUUUACAGUUCCUAGCAGCGCAGUGCUGCAGUGAAUCCUAGCAGUGGAAAUGAAUACGAUAGUAUCCCACCAUGCACUGUAUUUUAUUUUAAAAUAAUGUGUUAUGCUUCAUAUUAAUGGAGGUGCAUAUUGCUAAAAAGUAUUUUGUAAAAAUACACACGCACACGCACAUACACACGCACACUGACGCACGCACACACACGUAGGGCUUGAAGUUUUCAGGUUUUAUUUUUAAUCAGGUGACAUCCCUUUAAAACAAACUGAGCUGAUUCUGUUUUCAUAAUUAAACUCAGAAAAAAGCUGUUAAUUACAAGACAAUCUUUGUUUUUACCUUCAUAUCACCUGAGCCUAAUUCUGGAUUUCACCAAACAUACCACAAAGCAUUCUGGGAUAUUGGAGGAUACACAAAAAAUGUAGUUGGGUAUUAGUGUCCACACUUCUAAUAAACCGCACUACCGAUGCGAUCUAAUUAGAACCGGACUCGAGACUACCCGCGGUGGGCUGGAGUCCGGUUUUCGGGUACGGUAUUAAACGCUGCGGAGUGUGGACGCUAACCGUAUUUAGCACUUUUAACCCGGUUUAAAGGUAUGGUGUGGACAGGGCCUUAGUUAUUUAUGUGUGUAGAUAUGGACGUAUGUACGUGUGUAUUUAUUGUGAGAAUAGUUAGAAAAUGUGGACUCAGUAGGUGAUGUGGCACAUGAGUGUAGUGAUCCCCCAGAAGGAGCUGAAUCCAUUUACACAGUAUAGAGAGGAGAGGGAACAAUAUAAUGAAACUUCAAGAUCUCUACAGUGUACAUCCCAGUGUGUUCCCAGUCACCCAGCUGUGUUUGAAAUGUGAACCGUGGCUUUGAUUCUUUACUUCCAGGAGUGGAUCCACAGGAAUAUGUAUUCUUCAUGAAGUGAAAGUGUUGAUAUGCUUUGCUGGGAUUUGAAUUGUGUGUGUGUGUGUGUGUGUGUGUAUCUCAAUCAAACCUGCUUAUUCUUACCUUUUGAAUACGACACACAGGUUGUGUGACAAGUCUGUUUGAGUCUCUGGUCCGGUUCAUUCUUAUUGUGUAUCAAUCCGCUUGACCAGUUUACAGGGGAAAGGGAACCGUUCUGAGGAGCUGUCCCGUUCAUAACUGUGGACUGAACCACGGGUCAGUCUGUGAGGAGCUGUCCCGUUCAUAACUGUGGACUGAACCACGGGUCAGUCUGUGAGGAUUUCAAGCCAUCAAUACAGUUCAAAGGGUUAAAUUCACAUCAAACAAGACAAUCAGGUUUCUGCGAUCUGGUGUCUGAACGGGUUCAACUGGAAACCAAACAGAGAGAGAGACGGCGUGAAGAGAACAGCAUGCUCUGAAUUCAAGGACAGGUUUAUAUGGAGCGGAGUGGGUGGAAUGUUAGUCGUCAUGUUAUGUACCUUUGUAUAUCUCAGCAAAAUGAAUUACAGUCAGCAAAUAGCUGCCACUUACAGAAUGACUGGCUGUUAUUUACAAGUAUUUCCUCCAAUUACAUGUUUUGUGCUGUUUCUUUGGGACAUUCUUGUUUUUUUUUUUGUUUGUAUUUGUAUGCUUUUUUGUGAUACCAAUCUGUGCAAUAAAUUAUUUUCCAAUUUGGA